AUGACCUGCGUCAACAAUCAGGACGAAAUCACUGAACUACAUAAAUUUCGAAUAUCAGCACGAAAUACUGAACCAUCAUGUCCAAUGGAAGCAAUCAGAUGUAACCCAGAUCAGGAUGCAUGUGUCAAAGUUGUAAUGCAUAUGGGUAACGGCUACUUUUGGAUUGGCUCUGGGUGUGAUUAUCAAAAAAAUUUUCAUCAUAUUGCCUGUAAAACUGAACCAGUCUAUACACGCAGUAUUCAAAACGGUCAAAUUUAUGAACGUCGGACACCACAACGAACAUGCGUUUGCACAUUUGACCUAUGUAAUGUAUCGACAAAACUCAGAUCUAAAACUAUUUAUAUUCAUCUCUGUCUUGUUCUUUUACAUUUGCUGCAAUUUUAUGAUUUUCGAUAG